AUGGAGAACGACCGUGGCGAGAUUGUGGACCUCUACGUCCCCCGAAAGUGCUCUGCUACCAACCGCAUCAUCAAGGCCAAGGACCACGGCUCCGUCCAGAUUUCGAUCGCCAAGGUCGACGAAAACGGCCGCGCAGUCACCGGUGAGAACCACGUCUACGCGUUGUGCGGUUUCGUCCGUGCCAUGGGCGAAUCCGACGACGCCAUCAAUCGCCUCGCCCAGCGUGACGGUCUCCUCAAGAACGUCUGGAGCGCCCAGCGAUAA